AUGGCAGACGGCCGACAGCCAAAAGACGGUGCCCCCCAGUGGGACCCAUCAGGGGGGCAGGAAGCCACGGGCACCAAUGGAGCCAAUGGCUACUCCUCCUCCACCUACAGGACCUGCCAGCCCAGUGGGGCACACAUGGCCACGGGAUCCUACUCUGCCAAGGAGAAUGGUUUCAAUGGGGAGUUAACUGGUGCCCCCGCUAUAACUGCAGAGCAAGUGUCAGCGCGGAUCGUGCAGGAAGUGACGGCGGAGGCAGUGGCGGUACUGAAGGGAGAGCAGGAGACUCAAAGGCUGCCACCCGUUGAAGACACCACGAAUUUGCCUCCCUCUCCACCCCCCUCACCUUCUGCGGAGCACUUUGGUCCUCUGGAACAAGAUGUAGGGGAUGAGGAGGAGGCGGGCCCUCUCCGCCGCUUCCAAAAUUCUCGGGAGAGGUGCAAGUUCCUCGCCCCCUCCAUCUCAGUUUCCGUGCCCGAGGACGACCCCUACCACUCCGACGAGGAGUACUAUGAGCACCCAUUGUUCAGCCCAGAGUGGACGCACUCGGGUUCUCGCCCCACAGGGCAGGCCGUGGCCUUUAGACAGAUUGAAGAAGAAGAGACCAUGGAGGCUCUUACAGCUGAAUACGAGGAGGAGGUGGAAGAGGAGGAGGAGGAGAGUGCAGAGGCAGCAGAGUCCGAGGAAGCUCUUGAUGAGCAGCAGUGGAGCGGGGAAGAGCCCGAGCUGGACAGCCCCCAAGCUGAGCCAUUAGAGCAGGCAGAGGCCAUAGACGAGGCCCAGGAUCUAGACCUGGAGCUGGGCGAAGCAGCUAGUGCUGCUGCAGAAAGCUCUCUGGACAGAGAGGAGGAGGAAGCAGAGGUUGGGGAGAGCCCUGAGACAGCUUUGAAGAUGGACUCAGACAAGCAGGGAAGCGAGAAAAGUGGUUCCAUGAGCCCAGACAGCAUUGGAUCGGAGAAGCGCCCAGAGGAGUCUUUCGAGCCCCAGAUGCAAGGGUUCUUUGCUGGAGAACGAGUUGUACCAGAAAGCCCCACCAUGGAUAUGCCAUCAUUUGUUCCUCCGAAUGUUCAAACCCAAGCCAAAGAAUCUGCUAGAUCACUCACACUCCAGCCCACAUAUGGCGAGCCAAUCACAGUGUCUGAGAAACAGCCGUCAGUGGAGGUGGUGGAGAUAAGCAGCAUUGGUGCUCCCCCUGAUAUCUCGUCACAGGCAGACAAAGUUCAAGAAGGAGACUCAACAAGGGACGCUAGAGACAGAUCUGGCAUGUCAGCAUAUUUUGAAACAUCAGCCAUAGAGGUUGAUGAGGCUCCCCAAUGUAAGGGCGAGGGUUAUUACGAACUGAGCAGAUCUGGUGAAGAGAAGAGUACAGUUGAUGUCAGGCCUCAGGAGACCAGCUACAGCACACUAGCUGGAGCUCAGGAUAAACCCAACACUAAAGAAAGUACAGCAGAAGACACUCAAGGGUUCACAGUUCCUGACAGGAGUAAUGAAUGCAGGCUUUCCCCGGGUAAACUAGCCUUAGAGCAGAGGAGUUACUCACUUAACAUUACUAUUGGAGCAAUGGAUACGAGUGCCCAAGGCAAACCUAGGAACUUCUCCCCACUGGCCACAGAUAUCAUGUCAUACACUAGUGGAAGUCUAGAUGAGUCAGCAGACUACCUCCCAAUCACUACACCCUCGGUGGAUAAGCCUACAUCCUUGCCUCCUCUGAUCCUGGAGACUGCGGCCUCCAUCACCUCAGAUUCCUCAUCUCCUCCAAGGACCACUGAACCAGUUUUAAAAACCAGCUCUGAACCGGAGUCGCCAGAAUCACCACAGCCCCUUAUAAGCGCCUAUAAAAAUGGCACUGUGAUGGCACAAGACUUGCCUGAGCUGCUGGACCUUGCUGGUACCCGUUCCAGACUUGCAUCAGAUAACACAGAACCAGAAUUCACCAGGAGAAAGUCAUUUCAAGCAGAUUUUCCAGCCUUCGCAGAUGAUCCACUGGCGAGCCUAGUUUCAGGGGAACUAAGUCCUGGAGCCAGAAAGAUUGAAAGCCAGCUGGAAGAGAUGGGCUAUUGUGUGUUCAGUGAAUAUUCAGGACCCAUGCCAUCCCCUGCAGAUGUGUUGAGCCCCACAAACAUUUCUGCACAGGUCUUCGCCCCCUCCGUCCUGGAGGCAAAAGUGGCUGAGCAAGCUAGGAAAUUGGCAGUCAGAGACACAUCUGUGGAGGACAAGAGCCAGCCAUCAGGGAUAGCUGAUGUCACUAAAGAAAAAGACCACAUGCAAGUAGACAGAAAAGAUUAUAUUGAAGAAAAGGGCAAGGUUGCAGAUGAACAGUCCAAAGUUAGUGAGAUGCCAUUAGCUCAGCCAAGUGAGUCCUUUGUGACACCAACAGUCACUGUGACUCUAGAAGAAAGCGGGAGGUCCUUUAGUGACACAGAACGACAAGCAAGUGGCGAAGGCUCAGCAUCAGAAACUGAGAUUGCCGACUAUCAGAGGCAGAUCCGCAAAUUGGAGAUGGAGGACAGGCCUCUCAGUAUGGAGGAGGAAAGAGAGCUGCAGGAGCUUCGGGAGAAAGUGAAGCUGGUCCAUCAGGAAGCCUAUGAGGAAGUGGAUGCCGAAGAUGUGUACCAGCUGACCGGUGUGGCCAAGGACCGGAUUGCCAGGCCUGUCAAAACUUCUCCUGCUUCAUCUGUGGAGAGCAACAUCGAUGAUGAUAAGCUGCUCUCUCCAGAAGAAAAAGAAAAGAUAGAAAUGGAACUGAAAGAGAAGGAAGAGAAAGAGAAAGUUGCUGAGAUGGACAAAAAGGUUGCGGACAAGCCUGAGGAGAUGGCUAGACAACCAGAGGAAAAAGCCUUCGCAAUACCCAUGGAGCAAGAAGCUGAACAAUCAGUUGAGGCUGAAAAGGGGCAAGACAAAGGUGAGGAAGAGGCAUUAGAUAAAGCAGAGGCAGCCGUGGUAAAGGAGAUCCCAGAAACUCGAGCUGCCAUCGAAUCAGUGGUGACAGUUGAAGACGAUUUUAUCACUGUGGUCCAGACCAUUGAUGAAGCAGAAGAGCCGGGACACAGCGUUCGUUUCUCUGGUUCACCUGAGACGCAGGGCCUUUGUGUUGCUGCCCAGAAAGAGGAAGAGGAGGAUUCUGUGGAAUUGGCCCAAGAAGCAGACAUGGAGGCUGCCAGUUUAGAGGAGGUGGUAGAUGUUCUUGAGACCCCUGCCUCCCCUGAGAAGGAGGCUCAAACCAUAGACACUGAAGCACCGACAGAGAGCUACGACAGAGAUGAAACCACAAUGGACGACUCCAUCCUGGACAGCUCCUGGGUUGACACACAAGAUGACGAUAAGAGUAUGGCGACAGAGCAGAUUGAGCCUUUGCCCAAGGAGCCCAGCUCAGUCAAAAAGCCUCCUACGGAGAAUCAAGUCAAACCAAAGGCCAAGGGGGGGCAGCCUCAGGGCCGGAUCUCCACACCAGAACGCAAGCCUGUGCGCAAAGAACCUAUCUACAUCCCCAGAGAGGAAAUCCAGAAGAAAAAAGCUGUGAUUAGGAAGGCCGAGCUUACCAAAUCCCCAUCUAAGAGGAGUGUGAUGAAGACCCGCCCCACCCAGCACCACUCCUGUCCUAGAAGGAGACCCACAGAGGCGCUACCAGACAGUCGUCAGCCUCUGAGUGUGGCCAGAAAGACUCGCGAUAGAGCAUCGUGCCAUGCCCAUCGUUCGCCACUAACAAAGAUCCCCACCUCCAUAUCCAGAGUGGCCGCCUCAUUAGAUAGACCUCGCCCAUCUUCAGCAGAGCCUCAAAGCUUCCCAGUAUUACAGAGACUCAUAGCCAAGGACGGUGGGUCGUGGAGCCCUGUAAAGACGUCCUCCGUGCUGCGACAUGCCUCCGUGCCGCGACACUCCUCCAUUCUGAGUCGCCGGCCACACCAUGACCAUGAGGAGAGCUCCACCUCCAUCACCAGCUCCGGCUCCACAGCUCCUCGCAGACCCACAUCGUUUCGCACAGAGAUGAGGGCAGAGCAUAGGACCGGACGGGCCCCCAGCAUGACAGGUAGAGAAUCAGUGCGCUCCCGUUCGGCUCGCAGUGGCCACUCCACCCCCCGCACCCCUGGCUCCACAGCCAUCACCCCAGGAACCCCACCCAGCUACUCGUCGUCCUCAAGGACCCCUGGAACCCCACGCUCCCUCAGCUUGAUUUCCCAGGAGAGGAAGAUAGCCGUGGUCCACACCCCACCCAAGUCACCUGCAACCACACCCAAGCAGCUCCGCAUCAUCAACCAGCCACUGCCUGACUUCAAGAACAUCAGGUCCAAGAUCGGCUCCAUAGAGAAUAUCAAGUACCAGCCCAAAGGAGGACAGGUUCUCAUCCCCAAUGUUAAACUGGACUAUAGCCAUGUGCAGUCUAGGUGUGGGUCCUUGGACAGGCGGGGCUACUCGGCCGGAGGUGGAAACGUGAUGAUACAGAACAAAAAGAUUGACUUGAGCCACGUGACCUCCAAGUGUGGCUCUCUAGACAACAUCCAUCAUCGGCCAGGGGGCGGUCACGUGCGUAUAGAGACUGUGAAGUUGGACUUCAAAGACAAAGCCCAAGCCAAGGUGGGUUCCCUGGAUAAUGCUCAGAACACUCCUGGGGGAAGCCGUGUCACGAUUGAGAGCCACAAGCAGAUGAUUCGUGACCACUCCAAGCCACAGGGAGAACCCGGAGCUGACAUCAUUAUUCAGUCGCCAGGCCUGUCCAGCUUGGUGUCCCCCCAGCGCCACCGGGACAGCAACCUGUCAUCCUCCGGCAGUCUCAACGUGCUGGAGUCACCGCAGUUAGCAACCCUGGCUGAGGAUGUCACUGCAGCUCUGGCCAAGCAGGGUUUGUGA